AAUGAAGUGAGCGAAUACGGGUAAACAAAGCACAUACAAAAAGUAGCCACUCCUGAAUCCUUGUCAACAUGGACAAUUUUCGUGCUAACUUUCACAACAUCGAUCACCUAAACAGGUAUUCAUAUACUGUAGUAUUUGGAAGAUACACCGAUUUCAAGAUGAUGCAGGGAGGUGACCUUCGGAAACUCAUUGACAGAAUAGAUUUCAAAACAGAAUUACUUUGACGCACGUCAUCUUAAGUGUUGUUGAGGCCUUACAUGAGGGUUUUACAUCCGGUUGCUGCUGCCGCCAAGAUUUUUUUCAAAUGGGUAACUUCUUCUACUACGAAACAGUGUCUACGCCCUUUUACGGACCUACAUCAUCUCACACGUUCCUAAGCUUGUACGUCACCGUCUUCGGAUUACCCUGUUGCAUGCCAGGCACUCCCGGAACAAUGCUAGGAUUGUUCAAUCUGUCGACACAACGACGAGGGGGUGCUUACCUCACGCGCGGAAUCUGCGUCAAGUCGGCCCUAUCGGUGCCUCAAUUACGGGUGACACGGCCAAAAUCCGCGGCCAUCUGCUACAUUUAUAUAUCUACCAAGGAGAUCAGUGUCAAGGGACAGCAAUCAAUGCGUCGACGACUGUCGCGACUCAAACGAAGCCCCCAACGUCACUUCAACAAAUUGAACUUCUGGGCGAUAACUUCUGGCAGUGGCGAACGGGUGUUUAGCGCUCGACGUGUUGUUCUUUUAGUUCACCACCAUCCCACUUGGACACGGACACGGAUGCAAGACCGAAGAGAAGCGUUCGGAAAGUGGCUGCCCUUGCGUAUCUGUAACGACAUGCAGUACUAAUCUAAACAUAAAACACUUCAGCUACUCGAUAAACGCUGUGAAGAAUAUUAUGUUAAUUGUCCAGCAAAGGUCUGAUCCUCUGAAAAUGUCAGCUCAUCAAUGACAGCAGCAAGGCCUGCGUCGGUCGCAAACAACUUCCGCUGAACGAUGAACGCUUUGUCUCCAGAUGUUUGGUUGUUGUUGCAAAUAAAUCUAAAAGUAA